AUGAAGGUCUUCAUCUCCACCCAUAUGCUGCUGCUCAAGUUUCCUACACCUCAUGGCACAGGCACGGUGCGCGGAGACCAACUUGGCGCCCAAAGCUGCUACGCUUCGGCAGUAAAGUCCACCAACCGCCAACAUCGGGGCGAGGCCCUCGCAGUAACCCAGACUCCAGCACCGGUCCAAGUUGGCACCGAGCGUCCAGAAGACCCUAGGGAGGAAUUUGUCACCCCACAGGCCGAACCUGUGAAAGACCUUGAGCUGGUCACUCUCGAUGAAAACAUCCCGGACCGGCAGGUCAGGAUCGGCACCUCUAUCUCACAGGAGCUUCGUUCUGAUCUUGUCGCCUUCCUUCGCCUUAAUUCUGAGGUCUUCGCCUGGUCGUACAAUGACAUGCCUAGCAUAUCACCUCAAAUCAUAUCCCACCGCCUAAGCAUUAAUCCUGCCGUUUGA